GCUUGAGUAGAGGCUUUGCAUUAAGCAUUCCAGCUCAAAGAUACCUCAAGAAUUGGUUUGCAUGACUUUUCGCCAGUUCUCUCUGAAGAAGUCAUACGAAGGCUAGGUAACUGGUCAAGUUUCCCCGGCAGGGAAGGUGACGGAGCUCUGGGCUCUCCUUACCGCCAUGCCUUCCUUCCUCUGCGACGAUACCUCUCUCCUACACGCAAGUCAAACACUCAUGGAGUGGCUGAGGCGAAACUCACUUCCACCGGUGCAAGCAAUAGUAUUCUUAUCAGAAUGACUGCCUUGCUACGCUCCUUUCACGCGUCCGAUGGCACCCGUCCUUAUACAACCAUACUACCAUGGUCCCUUCCUCUCCCACGCAACGCGAAGCAUCGACACGGCUCCCAUGACCGGCCCCAAGCGCUUCAGUCUCCGGGUGCUGCUGCAGCUGUUCGCAAUCACAAUCUCCAUCUUCGUCCUCGCGGUGCUCUUCUGGAAGCUCGGGAGAUUCUUCCGCCGCUUCACCCAGGCCAAAGUUACCCAGCGUGGCAACGCGACCACCGCCCGUUACGCCCGGACCUGGUACGGCUGGGUGCCGGCGGAGAGGCAUGCUGGACUCAAGAGGUUCUUCCGAACUUGUUUCGAGAAGUUCUGCAGGUGGACGGCGUGGCGAUCGUCGAACCAGGACUACAGCUGGGUGUGGUGGGAUCCGGGGCAGAGGGAUCUGAACAAAUACCGAGAGACGAGGCGGCCGUUGCGGUGGUUGCCUCGUUGGAUUAGGAGUUAUAGUUUCACUGCUGCGGAUACUAUCUGGAAUCCUGGGCCUGCUGACCUUGCUGGUGUCAUCGCUGCGCCGAGCAGUAGUCGUCAGUCGCUGUCGUUUCGAAUGGCCGGAGCACUUUCUUCUUGUCAUACCCUGAAACGUGUCGUGGGGAACAGACACACUGUGUCAAGGACGAGUAUCUGCACGCAGGUCUCUAUCAAGGUCUAUCUCCAGGAUGGAUGUCGCGGAGCGGUGACGCGGCCUGAUGCUCCCGCACCGGUUGGGGAUGGGUUCAUGAACGCAACAGGAGAGCUACGCAGGCCAACUCGCUACCGGAGGCUUGAGUGGCUCUCCAACCAGCUCAUCCCCGGACGCAGACCGUACCAUUUUGCCUUGCUUGCCAAUCACUGGCUGAACCCUGAGACAUGGAUUGUCAUUGACCCUCCGACUCGAAUCUCGAUUGAUGCUAGGCGCCGACUGGGAGAUCCAAGAUUCAAUGACCCAUACCCAGCCCCUGACUGGACCCCGAAGCCGAAGUACCCCAGGCUGCAACGCAGACCGGCCAAUGUCCCAAAGAUCAACUCCUGGAGAGCAGCUGUAAAUCGGAACAGACGAGCGGGCGGCGUGGACGAUGUAAUCAAAGGUGUUGAGCUAUUUGAGGGUUCAGACGACGCACCCCCGGAUGGCAAGGUUGACCCUGCAUGCUGGAUCCUUCGGAAACCGCCUCAAGGAUUUAGCAUGUCCUCUCGCCAGGGGACCGUAUUCUAUGAAGGAGGAGCAGGCUGGCAAGAGACGCUAGACGACUGGCAAAAGGUUCGCCGUGGCUAUCGAAUCCGAAAGGCAAUCCACGAGGGAAGGGCAAACCGGAGACGAGCAAAAGAGAUUGCGCUUGGUAUUACGAGAUACUAUCGACUGGGCAUCUCCAAAAUCUCCUGA